GACAAUCCCAAGCCAGAGCGGCCCUGUCUUUCCUCUGCUCGAGGAAGACUAGGUCAGUCCUAGAGUCUCUAGUCCGUGCUAGUCGUUUUGGCCGGUUCCUGAGGUUGGGGAAUUUGCUCUGCGGCUGGCGGCCUGCCCGUCAGAACAGACGAAUUGCGCCAAGGCACAUUUUGAAACAGGGGAAAAGAACAGCCUAGCUUUGGACCAGCCACCCAACCCAUUCCAACCUCCAACCUCCAACCUCCCACGGCAGUAAAUUCACUUCCAUCUCGGAAAAGUGCUGGAACGUCGGGUCUUUUUUUUCACCGAGUGCUUCCAAUAACGAGGGAACAAAUGGAAGUCAAAGUGAGGAUCGAAUUUUAAGUGAGAGGACGAGGGAAGAAGGCGGGGAAAUGGCUUCGUCAGCGGGAACGCGGCAAUCCAAUCAAUCCAGCUCUUCCAGUGCGGCCAGCUUAGGGCGCUUCAUGGUACCCGCUAGUAAACGAUCCCAUCGACAGAAUAAUGGGUUGGCCAAGGCGGGUCCUGAUACGUCGGUUUUGCGGCCCAGUAUUAGUGUGAAUAUCACAGGCAUGAAACAGGCCGUAAAGUUGCUGGAAAGUGGCACUCCGGAGAUCAGGCAUUACUUGCUCAACGAAUGUAACGUCAUCUACGAGUGCAAAGUUUGUUUCAAUAUGUUCCGGAGUUUGGCCAAUUUCAUUGCCCACAAACGAUCCUAUUGUCAGAGCCAACUCAAGGAUGUCCGCCAUGUCUAUCGACGGGAUGCCGAGGAAACCCUCGCGGUUCCGACUGAGGAAUUGGCCACGGCUUUCGUUCAACCAGAGCCCGUGGAAACCAUUAUUCCGGAUGAAGCGUGGGAUAUCACCAAUUAUAGCCCCUCGCUUGAACUCAUGAAAGACGCGGGACUCGUCCAAGAGAUCGAAAACCGACCCACGGUGCCUAAUUUGAUGCCCAAACCCAAGCCCAAGCUGGAUGACGUGGUGCAACGGUUAAAGGCCCAACAGUUUCAAGGGCUGCAUAGAAAUUACUUCCGUGACAAAGAAAACCAUAUCAUUCAGCUGGAGCGACUCAAAGAAACGACUCAAGCCAUGUUUCAGACCUAUGGUGAUCUGACAACGGCUAAAAUGAGCGAACGGUACAACGAGCUCCAGAGAUUAAAGAAAAAACCUUGCUUGUUUGUGGGCCCGGAUGGUAAAGUGGUAGAUCCGGGCCCCAUUCCGUCCAAUGAUUGCUCGCCCAAUAUAAAUCCUCCCUCGGGUUUUGCCUGCCCGUUGUGUAUGAAAGAGUUCGAAAAGCUGAACUUAGUCUAUCGUCACCUAGUGCGGACACACAAGAAAUCUUCCUUGGAAGCCAAUAACUUACGCAAGAAGAGUAAACGCAUGGCUUUAACAAACUCUAAGUUUCGAGCUCUUACGCCCGAAGAAUUACUGAAGCGUCCACAUGUUAUGGCCUCGUUGAAUCCGCGGAUAUUGGGAGGAGACGCGAAGAAAUGUAGUUCUUGUGGAAAAGUGUUUGCCACUAUCCAAGCAAUUAUAUCUCACAAGAAAAUUUGCUCCAAUGGAAAUCCUCAACCCUGCCAGAAUCACAAUUCGGCCGCCAGAGGUUACUCAAUGCCUUUAAGCCCUAUUUGCAAGCCUGUGGUUCAACUUAAACGAAUUCCACACUCUGUCCUGAUGGAUGUCCUGGCUGAUUCUACCGCCUCAAUGAAGAAGAAAUUCCAGAUGAGUGACCCUUUAGAUAAGGAAGGGGAUCGAAGCCGCCCUAGUCUUCCUCAAAGCGAGCCAUUCUCAGCCGUGAAACAUACUCUGAAGCACAAAAUUGGGCCAAGACGUGCAAACCUGGCUGUGAAGGCCAAUAUGGAUGUGGAUGAAGAUUUGAAGAAUCAAUUUGAGAAGGAUAACGAGGACAUGGAUUCAGGAAUCUCCAAUGAAAAUCUCACCGACGAGAGUAAUGACGAUAGCGAAGUCGAGGUGCUUCUUAACAAGCAACGCGAGCCUCCCCCACCCAAUCGUUAUUGUUUACCGAUCGUCAAACUCACCCGGGUCGAAAAAAUCGACCAUUUUCCUUUCACCCGAGACGGGAAAUUUACUCCACCUUCCGCUUCCCGGACUUCAUCGCGAGGAUCCACCCCAGCCAAAGACGACAAUUCCCGUUCCAGUGCGAGAACUUGCGAGAUUUCUCCCCGACUUCGAAAAAAGCUUUAACGUUCAUGCAGAAAUCUAAUGUGUCAAAACUUGCAGCGAAAAGCGUUUCUCGUCUAGUUGACCAUCCCAUUCCUACUCUUCUAUAAAUUUUUAACACAAUGCACCCAACCAAUUCAAACGAAUAGAUUCUCAAAAGGAUGUGA